AUGGCCAGAGAAGCAAAGCUUACGGAAAUGAUCACUAUCUUUACCGACGAACGUAAAGAUGGUUUCUUCAGCAAUCUCUCUGAGAAGGUUGGAAAUAUCUCGACUGGGCUUGACGAACAGCAGGCGUCCAAACUCCAAGCCAUUCCCGUGGCUGACAUCGUCAACAAUGUCACAGAGAGGGUAGUACAAGAUGUUGUUCAGGGAGGUUUAGCAUUAUUUAUUCCAGGCUUCGCACUUGACAGCCUCACUUCUGACGUGGUGGCUCAGCUUGUCGGCAAACCAUUGGCACGCGAACAGGCGGCUAAGGAAUUAGGAGAUCAGCUUCACGCUCUCCUUACUUUGGCUUAUGUCUCAGAGACUGCUCGGGAGAUAUUCAAGAUCAUCAAUGUGUGCCCACCCGUCUCCAAUAAUGCCGCUGACUACAAACUCAAAGAACUUGUAUCGGCCACAGCACUGGAAGCGUCACCAAUGAAAGCUCUCCAUGACUCCAACAAAAUCCGCGCCAUGUCGAUGGAAGCUGACUACCUAAUGGAAGUUGGAUUCGGGUUGUUGGUAACCGGUGACCCAUUGGGGUUGAUUUUCCUUGUUGCCGGCGCGAACUUGGCGUAG